GAGUGGGAUGUGGCCAUGACCGUGGCUCUGGAGACACCGGCACUGUCUCUUGCCUGCCUGAUGCUUCUUCUGCUCCAGAGAGUGCCAGGUGUGGGUGCCCAGAACAGUCAACCCUUCAGGCUGCAGCAGCCCCAGAAGCAGCUGAAGGCAACAGCAGGGCAGACGAUCACCCUGAACUGCACCACGUCUGGAAGUGGCCCCGUUGGCCCUGUGAAGUGGGUGAAGGGCUGGGGCAGUGAGAGCAAGACCAUCUACGACCACAGGAGCCCCAGCUCCCGUGGGAUGAGGGUGGUGGAUCAAUCCAACACGGACUUCAGCAUCCACCUCAGAGACGUCCAGCCCCAGGACGCUGGCACCUAUUACUGUGUGAAGUACAAGAGGUCUGUGAGCCAAGGUGAUACUCUUCAGGUCUACCAGCGUGGAAAGGGCACAGUGGUGUCUGUACACGCCAAACCCAGCGCCCCGGUGGUGUCCGGGCCCGAGCAGAGGGCAGGCACAGGGGAAUCGGCGACCUUCACCUGUGAGACUGGAGGCUUCUUCCCCGACAGCAUCAGCGUGAGGUGGCUCAAGAACCAGGCUCCCGUCUCGGCUCAGCAGCCGCACAUCAGCCCCGGGCAGGGCAACUCCUCCUACAGCCUGUCCAGCAGGGUGACGCUGCUGCUGCAGCCGGAGGACGUCCGCUCGCAGCUGGCCUGCGAGGUGCAGCACCCCACGCUGCCGGCCCCGCUGAGGGGCACCUACCAGCUGCGGGAAGCCCUGCGAGUCUCGCCCAGCGUCCGCCUGCUCCCCGAGCCCAGCUCCGUCGAGCUCAACCGGACGCUGAACUUGAGCUGCCACGUGGAGGGCUUCUACCCGCGGGAGGUGGCUGUCAGCUGGCUGGAGAACGGCAGGGAGCUGAAGGCGGAGAACAGCUCCCGGGCGGUGCAGACCCCGCGGGGCUUGUUCAAGCUGAGCAGCCUGCUGGAGGUGCAGGCGACGGAGGAGAAGAACGGCUCGGUGCUGGCCUGCCGGGUGCUGCACGACGGCCAGGAGCCGGUCAGCAGGACGCUCACCCUCUGGGUCGCUGUCCCAGCCAAGGAGGGGAUGAGCGACUGGGACACAGCAGAUAACGGUGUGACCCUCCUGGCCAGCCCCGGCCUGUGGCUUGGCGUCCUGCUGGAAAAGGGGCUCUUGGGAGGCCUCCUCCUCUUCCUCUUCAGGCGUAUGAGGACAUGAGGAGGACAAGCUUUGGCGCUGCCGCCGUAUCCCGUUCUCUGACACCCUUCGGUUCUUGCGCCGGGAGCGGGUCCCGCCUUCGGUCGCCGCCAGCUUUGAAGCACGGAGCCAGCAAUAAAGCGAUAGGGACGCACAGACGGCUCCGGGCUGCUCCGCGCCGCGGGUCCCCUCCGCCCGGCCCUGCCCCGCGG